UAACUGAUCAAUUUCCAUCAGCUGCCCUAUAAAAAUAAGCCAAGAGUUCGAAAUGUAUGGGUGUGGUGUUUUGGAUACUUGCUGUUAUCCACUGAACGAACCAGUACCAGAGUUUAAACACCGAAUUCCUAGCAAGAAUGCUGUUUGUAGCACUGACGGUUAGUUCGUUAAGUGGUACUGGUAGUUAAUUAAUUUUAGUACACCAAAUCCAAGAUUAAAUUAUGAUGUUACAAAAGUUAUGAAAUUGGUAACGCUCGGUUCCAGGCAAGUGCAUUGGGUACGGACCAGAUGGUUUUGACAUAUGGGGUCUGAAUGAUCUAAAGGAUCAAAAAGAAUCUCUGACUCCGAAAGAUGUGUACUGCUACGAAAACUGCAUGUCCGUCAUUGGCUCUAGUUUUGACGGCCUUGAAAUCGAAGAGCUCUCCAGCCUCAAUUGGCGUAAGUAAUAAUAAAUGUUAUAAUUUUUGUUUGACAGCCUAGUUUAAUUUUUUAAUUGAAUCAAAUUAAACUCAUAAACUUCUUCCUUUAAACAUCAGCACCAUCAAUCAAAUUCAAACCCGAAUUUAUAAAACAUAUUUCCAGCAUCAUGCUCAAAAGAAAACGUCCACUUAUGCUCAGCAACUACUGAAGAAGUAUGCCUCUUUCUCGACAUAAGCUCCAAAGCAGACAUGACUGUCCCAACAUCAGAAGGACUCAUCAUUCAGCCGGGUGACAUGGACAUCAGAGCCUUUUACUGCGGCAAAUUAGACGAUGAUAUCAAACCAGAAAACAAGUGCAAAAGUGUCAAGGAACAGUUUACCAGUCUGUCUGAUACACUCUACGCUGUUUCCACGAUUGAGUUAAAAAAUAUCCAAACAGAUUGUGGCAAGUUGGAUAUGUGUGUAGAGAAUUGUGUGUAUGAAGAACACAGACCGAAGAAAAAAGAACUGGCAUGGUGGGGGAUAUUGUUGAUAGUUAUUCUGAUAAUUAGUUUUGUAGCAGUCAUUAGUUUUCUGUUGUACUGCAUAUUUUUUAGAAAAAGUGCAGUUUAUCCUAAAGACGAAGAAGCUGGAAUUUUCUUCGAACACCUCACAGUUAUACGACUUAGAGAGAUUGAAAGAUACCUUGAUGACGCCAUCGCCUCCAAAGAUAUGGCAGAUCUAAAGUUGACAGUUGAUAUCGUCCAGCAGGAAGGUUUCCAAGAUGAUGUUAGACAAAAGUACGAUACAGCUGUCAGGCUACUAUGGGACUUGAUGGCAAGGGAUGCAGAAGUAAAACUGAAAGAGCUUGAAGAAGAAGAAAGACAGGCAGAAGAAACAAAGAAAGCUCUGCAGGAGGCAGAAAAGGAUAUUUUGAUACGACUAAGGGCAAAAGAGGAGGUGGCUCUGAGAAGGGCUAUUAAGACUCGAGACGAAACUAAAGAUAAGUGGGCGAAGAUGUGGCCCAAGUUAAAAGUACUAAGAUCUAUGAACGGGAUAAAUUCACAGUUGGUAGAAACAGUAAUGGUAGAGGCUAGAACAGUAAAAGAGGAGAAAGAGAAGCAGAGCAGAUUUGAGGAGGAUCAGGCUAAAGAAGCAGCUUAUUGUAAACAGCUUUUAAAAGAAAGUAUAGCUUCUGAUGACGACGGAAAGUUGGAAAGAGCAAUGCAAACGACUGAUUGGAUAAUAUUUCAGAACCCAAUUAUGGAUACUGACGAGGAGUUGAGAGAUCUUCGCAAGAAAGCAAGAGACGAACUUGAAAUGAUUCGAAAUGAUACUAUUCCUUUUAUUAUUCCUCUUCUUCGAAGAGAAAAGGAGACAGAAAAAAAACGAGGAGAGGAAGAGAUAGCAGAUGCAAAUAAAAAAGAGGAGGUGGAAUCAGCGGAGGCACAACGAAAUGAAAUAGAUGGCCGAGAAAGUGAGGCAGAAGAAAAGAUACAAGAGGAAGAAAUGAUAGCAGAGAUGAAUAAAAAAGAGGAGGAAUUGAAAGAGUCACAACGAUAUGAGACAAUCCAAAGAGAAGAGGAGGCAGAAGAAAAGAGACGAGAGGAAGAAAUAAUAGCAGAGGCAAACCGAAAAGAGAAGGAGGAAUUGGCAGAGACACUACAACAAGAGACAAUCCAAAGAGAAAGGGAGGCACAAGAAAAGAGAAAAGAGGAAGAGAAAAUAGUAGAGGCAAACCGAAAAGAGAAAGAGGAAUUGGCAGAGGCGCAACAGCAUGAGGCAAUCCAAAGAGAAAAGGAGGCAGAAGAAAAUAGACAAGAGGAAGAAAGAAUAGCAGAGGCAAACCGAAAAGAGAAGGAGGAAUUGGCAGAGACACUACAACAAGAGACAAUCCAAAGAGAAAGGGAGGCAGAAGAAAAGAGAAAAGAGGAAGAGAAAAUAGCAGAGGCAAACCGAAAAGAGAAGGAGGAAUUGGCAGAGGCGCAACAGCAUGAGGCAAUCCAAAGAGAAAAGGAGGCAGACGAAAAUAGGCAAGCGGAAGAGAGAAUAGCAGACGCAAAACGAAAAGAGGAGGAGGAAUUGGCUGAGGCACAACGACUUGAGACAAUCCAAAGAGAACGGGAGGCAGAAGAACAGAGACAAGAGGAAGAGAAAAUAGCAGAGGCAAAUAAAAAAGAAGAGGAGGAGAGAAUAGCAGAGGAAAAUAGAGAAGAGGGAGAAAGAUUAGAAGAGGCACUACGACAUGAGACUAUCCAACGAGAAAAGGAGGCAGAAGAAAAGAAACAAGAGGAAGAGAGAUUACCCGAGGCAAAACCGGAUGAAAAGCCAAAAGAAGAAGAGAGAAUAUUUAAAAAGGCAAAUGGAAAAGAAGAGGAGAGAUUGCCAGAUUUAAAACGAAUUGAGGAAAUCCAAAGGAAAAAGGAGGCAGAAGAAAAGAAAGAAGAAGAGAGAAUAACAGAGGCAAAAAGAAAAGAGGAGGAGAGAUUGGCAGAAUCUCAACGACUCGAAGAAAUCCAGAGGGAAAAGGAGGCAAAAGAAAAAAAGCAAGAAGCCGAGAGAAUAGCAGAAGUAAAAAGAAAAGAGGAGGAGGAAUUUGCAGAGGCACAACUUCUUGAGACAAUCAAAAGAGAAAAGGAGGCAGAAGAAAAGAAACAAGAUGAUGAAAGAAUAACAAAGUUGGAACGACUUGAGGAACUCCAAAGAGAAAAGGAGGCCGAAGAAAAAAGGCUAGACGACGAGAGAAUAGCAGAGGAAAAAAGAAAAGAGGAGGAAUUUGCAGAGGAAAAACGACUGGCUAUCCAAAGAGAAAAGGAGGCAGAAGAAACGAGGCGAGAAGAAGAGAGGAUUCUAGAGGCAAAAAGAAAAGAGGAAGAAAGAAUAAAAGAAUUGGAACGGCUUGAGGAUCUCCAGAGAGAAAAGGAGGCAAAACAAAAAAGGCAAGAGGAAGAAAAAAUAGCAGAGGUGGAACGAUUUGAGGAACUCCAGAGAGAAAAGGAGGCAGAAGAAAAAAGAAAAGAGGAAAGAAUAGCAGAGGUGGAACGACUUGAGGAGCUCCAGAGAGAAAAAGUAGAACAAAAAAGGCAAGAGGAAGAAAGACUAAAAGAGUUGGAACGAUUUGAGGAACUCCGGAGAGAAAAGGAGGCUGAAGAAACAAGGCAAGAGAAAGAAAGAAUAGCAGAGGUGGAUCGAUUUGAGGAACUACAGAGAGAAAAGGAGGCAGAAAAAAAAAUGCACGAGGAAGAAAGAAUAGCAGAAGUGGAACGACUUGAGGAACUCCAGAGAGAAAAGGAGGUAGGACAAAAAAGGCAAGAGGAAGAAAGACUAAAAGAGUUGAAACGAUUUGAGGAACUCCGGAGAGAAAAGGAGGCUGAAGAAACAAGGCAAGAGGAAGAAAGAAUAGCAGGAGUGGAACGACUUGAGGAACUCCAAAGAGAAAAGGAGGCCGAAGAGAAAAGGCAAAAGGAAAAACGAAUAGCAGAAGUGGAACGACUUAAGGAACUCCAGAGAGAAAAGGAGGCUGAAGAAAAAAAACAAGAAGCCGAGAGAAUAGCAGAAGUAAAAAGAAAAGAGGAGGAGGAAUUUGCAGAGGCACAACUUCUUGAGACAAUCAAAAAAGAAAAGGAGGCAGAAGAAAAGAAACAAGAUUAUGAAAGAAUAACAAAGUUGGAACGACUUGAGGAACUCCAAAGAGAAAAGGAGGCCGAAGAAAAAAGGCUAGACGACGAGAGAAUAGCAGAGGAAAAAAGAAAAGAGGAGGAAUUUGCAGAGGAACAACGACUGGCUAUCCAAAGAGAAAAGGAGGCAGGAGAAACGAGGCGAGAAGAAGAGAGGAUUCUAGAGGCAAAAAGAAAAGAGGAAGAAAGAAUAAAAGAAUUGGAACGACUUGAGGAUCUCCAGAGAGAAAAGGAGGCAGAACAAAAAAGGCAAGAGGAAGAAAGAAUAGCAGAGGUGGAACGAUUGGAGGAACUCCAGAGAGAAAAGGAGGCAGAAGAAAAAAGAAAAGAGGAAAGAAUAGCAGAGGUGGAACGACUUGAGGAGCUCCAGAGAGAAAAGGAGGUAGAACAAAAAAGGCAAGAGGAAGAAAGACUAAAAGAGUUGGAACGAUUUGAGGAACUCCGGAGAGAAAAGGAGGCUGAAGAAACAAGGCAAGAGAAAGAAAGAAUAGCAGAGGUGGAUCGAUUUGAGGAACUACAGAGAGAAAAGGAGGCAGAAGAAAAAAUGCACGAGGAAGAAAGAAUGGCAGAAGUGGAACGACUUGUGGAACUCCAGAGAGAAAAGGAGGCAGAAGAAAAAAGAAAAGAGGAAGAAAGAAUAACAAAAGUGGAACGACUUGAGGAACUCCAGAGAGAAAAGGAGGUAGAACAAAAAAGGCAAGAGGAAGAAAGACUAAAAGAGUUGGAACGAUUUGAGGAACUCCGGAGAGAAAAGGAGGCUGAAGAAACAAGGCAAGAGGAAGAAAGAAUAGCAGGAGAGGAACGACUUGACGAACUCCAAAGAGAAAAGGAGGCCGAAGAAAAAAGGCUAGACGACGGGAGAAUAGCAGAGGAAAAAAGAAAAGAGGAGGAAUUUGCAGAGGAACAACGACUUGAGGCUAUCCAAAGAGAAAAGGAGGCAGAAGAAACGAGGCGAGAAGAAGAGAGGAUUCUAGAGGCAACAAGAAAAGAGGAAGAAAGAAUAAAAGAAUUGGAACGACUUGAGGAACUCCAGAGAGAAAAGGAGGCAGAAGAAAAAAGAAAAGAGGAAGAAAGAAUAGCAGAGGUGGAACGAUUUGAGGAACUCCAGAGAGAAAAGGAGGCAGAAGAUAAAAGGCAAGAGGAAAAAAGAAUAGCAGAAGUGGAACGACUUGAGGAACUCCAGAGAGAAAAGGAGGCUGAAGAAAAAAAACAAGAGGACGAGAGAAAAGCUGAGGCAAAAAGAAAAGAGGAAGAAAGAAUAGCAGAGGUAGAACGACUUGAAGAACUCCAGAGAGAAAAAGAGGCAGAAAAAAAGAAACAAGAGGAAGAAAGAAUAGCAGAGUUGGAACGACUUGAAACAAUCCAGAGGGAAAAGGAGGCAGAACAAAAAAGACAAGAAGACGAGAGAAUAGCAGAUGCAAAAAGAAAAGAGGAAGAAAAAAUAGUUGAGGUGGAACGACUUGAAACUAUCCAGAGGGAAAAGGAGGCAAAAGAAAAGAGGCAAGAGGACGAAAGAAUAGCAGAGGCAAAAAGAAAAGAGGAAGAAAGAAUAGCAGACGUAGAACGGAUUGAGGCUAUCCAAAGAGAAAAAGAGGCAGAAGAAAAGAGGCGAGAGGAAGAAAGAUUAGAAGAGGCAAAUCAAAUAAACGAGGAGAAAUUAGCUGAGACGCAACGACUUGCGACAAUUCAAAGGGAAAAGGAGGCAGAUGAAAAGAAACAGGAGGGAUAUAGAAUAUCAGAGGCAAAAAUAAAAGAGGAUGAGGAAUUGGCAGAGGCACAACGACUUGAAACAGUCCUAAGUGAAAAGGAGGCAGAAGUAAAGAGAGAAGAGGAAGAGAAAAUAGGAGAGUCAAAAAGAAAAGAGAAGGAGGAAUUUGCCACGGCACAACGACUUGAAACAAUACAACGGGAUAAGGAUGCAAAUGAAAAGAAACAAUGUAAAAGACAGCGGAAGAAAAGAAAUAAGAGAGAAAGAAUAGCAGAGGCAAAACGACAAGAGGAGGAGAAAUUUGCAGAGGCACAACGACUUGAAACAAUCCAGAGGGCAAAGGAAGCAGAAGAAAAGAAAAAAGAAGAUGAAAAGUUUACAGAGGCACUAUUACAUCAAAGUAUCCAAAAGGAGGCAGAAGAAAGGAAACAAAAGGACAAAGGAUUGGUUGAAGCAAUAUUACUUGAAACAAUCGAAAAGAAUGCAGAGGAAAAGCAAUUAGAGGACGAAGAAUUGGUUGAAGUAUUAAAACUUGAGACAAUCCAAGAGGAAGCUGAAGAUAAUAAAAAAGAAGAGGAGACGUUGGCAGAAGAACCACCAGUUGAGACAAAUCAAAAGGAGGCAGAAGAAAAGAAACAAAAAGAUGAAGACUUGGUUGAAGCAAUAUUACUUGAUACAGUCGAAAAAGAGGCAGAAGAAAAUCAAAACGAGGAGGAGAGAUUGGUAAAGACACUACUACUUGAGACAAUCCAAAAGGAGGUUGAAGAAAAGCAAAAAGAGGAGGAGAUAUUGGCAGAGGCACUACUACUUGAGACAAUCCAAAAGGAGGCAGAAGAAAAGCAAAAUGAGAAGGAAGAUUUGACUGAAGCAUUACUACAUGAAACAAUCGAAAGGGAAGUAGAAGAAAGGCAAAAAGAUGAGGAAGAUUUGGUUGAGGCAUUACUACUUGACAUAAUCCAAAAGGAGGCAGAAGAAAAGCAAAACGAAGAGGAGAGAUUGGUAGAGGCACUACUACUUGAGACAAUCCAAAAAGAGGCAGCAGAAAAGCAAAAUGAGAAGGAAGAUUUGACUGAAGCAUUACUACAUGAGACAAUCCAAAGGGAGGUAGAAGAAAAGCAAAAAGAUGAGGAAGAUUUGGUUGAGGCUUUACUACUUGAGAUAAUCCGAAAGGAGGCAGAAGAAAAGCAAAACGAGUGGGAGAGAUUGGUAGAGGCACUACUACUUGAGACAAUCCAAAAAGAGGCAGAAGAAAAGCAAAAAGAGGAAGAGAGAUUGGCAGAGGCAUUACUACUUAAAACAAUCCAAAAGGAGGCAGAAGAAAAGCAAAAAGAUGAGGAGGAUUUGGUUGAGGCACUACUACUUGAGACAAUCCAAAAGGAGGCAGAAGAGAAGCAAAACGAGGAGGAGAGAUUGGCAGAGGCGCUACUAAUUGAGAUAAUCCAAAAGGAGGCAGAAGAGAGGCAAAACGAGGAGGAGAGAUUGGCAGAGGCACUGCUACUUAAAACAAUCCAAAAGGAGGCAGAAGAAAAGGAAAAAGAUGAGGAGGGAUUGGUAAAGGCACUACUACUUGACACAAUCCAAAAGGAGGCAAAAGAAAAGCAAAAAGAGGAAGAGAGAUUGGCAGAGGCACUACUACUUAAAACAAUCCAAAAGGAGGCAGAAGAAAAGCAAAAAGAUGAGGAAGAUUUGGUUGAGGCACUACUACUUGAGACAAUCCAAAAGGAGGCAGAAGAAAAGCAAAACGAGGAAGAGAUAUUGGCGGAGGCACUGCUACUUGAGACAAUCCAAAAGGAGGCAGAAGAAAAGCAAAACGAGGAGGAGAGAUUAGCGGAGGUAUCACUACUUGAGACAAUCCAAAAGGAGGCAGAGACGAAAAGGGUGAAGGAAACAGGAGAAAAGGAGGCAGAAGAAAAAAGGCAAGAGGAAAAAAGUAUAGCAGAGGCGAAACUAAAAGAGGAGAAGGAAACGAAAAAAGAGGACGAAGAAAAAAGGCAAAAGGAAGAAAGAAUAGCAAAGGCACAAAUAAAAGAGGAGGAGGAAUUAGCAAAGACAUUACUACUUGAGACAAUCCAAAGGGAAAAAGAAGCAAAAGAAAACAAACAAGAGAAAGAGAGAAUAGCAGAGGCAAAACGAAAAGAGGAGGAGGAAAAAGAGGCAGAAGAAAAAAGACAAGAGAAAAAGAAAAUAGCAGAGGCCAAAAAAAAAGAGGAUGAGGAAUUGGCAAAGGCACUUCUACUUGAGGCAAUCCAAAGGGAAAUGGAGGCAGAAAAAAAGAAAAAAGAGGAAGAAAGAACGGCAGAAGCAAAAAGAAAAGAGGAAAAAGUAUUGGAAGAGGCUAAACGACUUGACGCAGUUCAAAGGGAAAAGGAUGCAAAAGAAAAAAGGAAAGAGAACGAGAUAAUAGCAGAGGCAAAAAGAAAAGAGGAGGAAGAAAAAGAGGAGGAGGAAAAAGAGGCAGUAGAAAAAUGGGAAGAGGAAGAAAGAAUAGCAGAUGCAAUUAGAAAAGAGGAGGAGGAAAAAGAGGCAAAAGAAAAGAGACGAGAGAAAGAGAGAAUAGCAAAUGCAAAAAGAAAAGAGGAGGAGGAAUUAGCAAAGACAUUACUACUUGAGGCAAUCCAAAGGGAACAAGAUGCAGAAGAAAAGAAACAAGAGCUAGAAAAAAUAGCAGAGUUGGAACGACUUGAAACAGUCCAGAGGGAAAAGGAGGCAGAAGAAAAAAGGGAAGAGGACGAGAGAAUAGCAAAGGCAAAAAGAAAAGAGGAGGAGAGAUUGGUUGGUUUAGCUAAACUUGCAGACAUCAAGGCUUCCAUACAGACAGCAAUAGCGGAAAAGGGCAUCGAGAAAUUGAAAAAGUCAAUCGCCGAUGUCGAGGAUAACAAUGUAUUGGACGACUUGACUGAUUUUUACAAAGAAGCCACCACCUUGCUUAAACGGCUUCAAAAAGAGGAAAUCAAGAAAAACAUCCAAGAACUUAAUCGACCCUUAAUCGCGGAACUAAAAAGUAUGUCCAGCCCUCCCCCCGAUGUUCAUAGAUCUAUGACAGCAGCAUUCCUGCUGAUGGGUGAGAAUCUGAAAGACCUCAAGACGUGGAACAACAUAGUGCUCCUCCUUAGUAAGAUGGGAAGAGAAUCCGUCAAAAGAAGAGUUAUGGAGCUAAAAAUUCAGGAUACGUCCUUAAAAAGUAUAUCAGAUUCCGUCAGUAUUCACAUUUGGUCCAUGUCAGUGAAUCCUACCUCUCUCCUAACAAUCCUAGUGGUGAUUGUGACCCUUUACAGUCCAGUCUCCAGUGUCAUAACUUGCACAAACUAUGUUAACGGGGUAGAGGAUACCAGAGAGUGUGCAUAUGCUUGUUGUUUGAGCGGUGGUAGCUACGCUAUAACCCUAACUGAAACAGAGGUCUGCUCCGACGAAAACCAGAAAUGUUACAAUGAUAAACUUACGAUUCCAACCAGCUGUCCAAUAAAGGUACACGAAGAGUUCGAAAUGUACGGGUGUGGUGUUUUGGAAAGUUGCUGCUAUCCACUGAACGAAACGGUACCUGAGUUUGAACACCAAGUUCCGAGAAAGAAUGCUGUGUGUACUUCUGAUGUUCCAGGCAACUGCAUAAAGUAUAACGGACAAGAUGGUUUUGACAUAUGGGGUCUUGAAGAUCUAAAAAAUUAUCAAGACGACUCUAGUUUAACUUCGAGAAAUGUGUACUGCUACGAGAACUGCAUGUCAGUCACUAGCUCUAGUGUUGUCGGCCUUGAAAUUGAAGACCUCGCCGACCUCAAUUGGCCAUCUUGCUCAAAAGAAACCGUCAGCUCAUGCUCAGCAACUACUGGAGACGUAUGCCUCUUUCUCGGCGUAAGCUCCAAAGCAGACAUCACCGUCCCAACACAAGACGGGUUCAUUACAACGCCAGGUGACAUGGACAUCAGAGUCCAUUACUGCGGCAAAUUAGACGAUGAUAUCAAACCGGAAAACAAGUGCAAUAUUGUCAAGGAACAGUUAAACGGCUUGGCUAAUGCACUUGCUGUUUCCAAGAUUGGUUUUGAAAAUAUCCAAACAGAUUGUGGUAAGUUGGGUAUGUGUGACGAUGAUUGUGUAUAUGAGGAGCACAAACCGAAGAAGAAAGGAGGAGUAGCAUGGUGGGCAAUAUUGUUGAUAAUUAUUCUGAUAGUCAUUAUUGUAGCAGUCAUUAUUCUUCUGUAUUGCAUGUUUUGUAAAAAGGAUUCGGUUCAUCCUAAAGACGACGAACCUGAAAUGUACUUGGAAGAUGUCGAAAACCCAACAAUUGUACGACUUAGAGAGAUUGAAAGAUACCUCGACGACGCCAUUGCGUCAAAAGAUAUGGCAGAUCUGAAGUUGACAAUUGAUAUCGUCGAGCAGGAAGGUUUCCAAGAGGAGCUCAGACAAAAGUACGAUACAGCUGUCAGGUUACUAGAGGAAUUGAUGGCAAGGGAUGCAGAAAUAAAAAGGAAAGAGCUUGAAGAAGAAGAAAGAAAGGCGGAUGAAGCAAAAAAAGCUCUAGAGGAGGCAGAAAAAGAGGUUUUGAGACGACAAAAGGCAGAAGAGGAGGCGGCUCUGAAAAGGGCUAUUGAGGCUCGAGAUGUUGCUAAGGUUAGGUGGGCGAGAAUAUGGCCCCGGUUGCAAAUACUUAGAGCUCUAAACGGGAUAAAUGCGGAGUUGGUAGCAAAAGCAAUGGAAGAAGCUAGAAAAGCAAGAGAAGAGGAAGAGAGGGCGAGAAGAUUUGAAGAGGAUCAAGCUAAAAAAGCAGCUUAUUGUAAACAGCUUUUAAAAGACGGUUUAGCAGCUGCUGACGAAGGAAAGUUGGAGAGAGCAAUUAAAACGACUGAUUUGACCGUAUUUCAGACCACAAUAAUGGAUACUGAUGAAGAAUUAAGAGAUCUUCACAAAAAAGCGAGUAACGAACUUGCUAGGCUGCGAAAUGAGAGAAUUCGAAAAGAAAAGGAGGCAGAAGAAAAAAAACGAGAGGAAGAGAGAAUAGCAGAGGCACAAAGAAAAGAAGACGAAAGAUUGGCAGAGGCACAACGACAAGUAGAAUUAAGAUUAAGAGAAGAAAAAAGAUUGGCUGGUUUAGCUAAACUUUCGGAGAUCAAGGCUGCCCUAGAGACAGCCAUAUCGGAAAAAGACAUCGAGAAAUUGAAAAAGUCAAUCGCCGAUGUCGAGGACAACAAUCUUGAGGACGACUUAGCCGAUCUUCACAAACAAGCCACCGCCAUGCUUGAACGGCUCCAAAAGAUUGAGAAAAUCAAAAAAAACAUCCAAGAACUAAAACGGCCUUUAAUCGCGGAACUAAAAAGUAUGUCCAGCCCUCCUGUCGACGUUCACCGAUCUAUGACCGCAGCAUUCAUACUGAUGGGCGAGAAUCGGGAGGACCUUAGAGAUUGGAACAACAUAGUGAUUCUCCUUGGUAAAACGGGACGAGAAUCUGUCAAAAGAAAAGUCCAGGGGUUAAAAGUCGAGGAUGUAACAGAGGAAAUGGCGGCUAAGGCAGAAAAACAAAUUCUAGGUUUAACUUCGGAUGAGGUGUAUGAAGCGAACCAAGCUGCAAGCUUGUUCUACGAUUGGGCUGAUAUGAUUUGUUUUGACAGAAAGCAAGAAAGCAAGUAGAUUGAUGGAACUCAAAGAUAGGACUCGAAAUUGAAUGUGGGAAUCAAACCUGUUUUUUAUUAAAUUUUUACACGCAACAUUUUGUAUCAUCAGACUGAUUCAUAUUCUGAUUUUUAGCAACAAUUAAAAUGGAAUACUGUGAUAAUAAACAAUCAAUAAAAGAUAUCAAUAAAAUAAUAAUUUAAUUCUCUAAAC